UGCAAGCUUUGGUUCUCCUCGGUUCGAAAGUGUUGCCGCCGGAAAACUCUUGGUUAUCCAUGGCUGCCCACGUCGUUCAGAGCGCGAGAGGAAUGGCAUGCUUGGUCGACGGCGGAAUCCCAGGGGAGGAGAGCACCAUCGUUCUCCGACAUGAUGAUCCUAACGUCGAAUCUUCGACGGUAAAUCUGGAGAAGGGCGCGGCUCGCCGGAGACUCGACGGACGGGAAGAAAUUGCAUCAGAGGAUUUGGUGCACAGCAAGAGGCCAAUCAAGCAGAAGAAGAAGAAGAAGAAAACAGUGGCCGGCAUUGAUCAGGAUGAGCUGCUGGACCCAUUGCUGCUGGCGGAGCCGGAUAGCUGUUUCUUCGAGUUCAUGGGAGUCAGCGUUCACCAUAAGAUCAGCAGUGCAGAUUCUGCAGAAGGCGAUCAAAGGGAAGAAUCUCAGUUUUCCUCGUCAAGAAGUUGCGUAUUAGGACUGCCCAUGAUUCUUCUCCAUGGUUUUGGGGCAUCUGUAUUCUCAUGGCGCAAAGUGACGAAGCCUCUCGCCAAUUUGGUUGGUUCCACUGUUCUUGCUUUUGAUAGACCUGCCUUUGGGUUGACAUCGAGGGUGGACUACCCUCCUAAGCCGAGCUCUACUUCAAUGGCGGCCUCCACUCAUUUGAGUCCUUACUCGACUGCCUUCUCUUCUCUUGUUACACUUUCUUUCAUGGACAAGCUCAAGGGAUCAGACAAGGCAAUUUUAGUUGGGCAUUCAGCUGGAAGUCUUGUAGCGGUGGAUACGUACUUUGAAGCACCUGAACGCGUUGCAGCACUCAUCCUUGUAUGUCCUGCGCUUAUUGCACCUCUGUUCUCAUCUAAUUCCAACCAAAGAGAUCUACAUGGAAGAGAAGAUCGGGAGCCGGAAAAUGCAGAAAUUGGCCGGAGCGAUCGGGAGAACAUGUUCCGUGGCAUUCUUUUCUUUCUACGUGCACUACGUUUUCGAGCGCAAGUAGUCAUAGUUUGGAUGAUCAAAAUGAUUCUGUAUCUGCUCCCCUUCUUCUGCAAGAAACUUCUUUCAGAAAUUCUGCGCUCUUACUUCGGCAUUCUUGUGUUAAGGUUCAUAUUUGACAGAUUUGGCGUAGCAUUAAUUAGGAGUUCGUGGUAUGAUGCAGGCGAAGCCACGGAAGAUGAUCUUAAUGGUUAUCUAAAGCCAUUAAGAGCCAAGCAUUGGGAAAAGGCAGUCUUGGAAUAUAUCAUAGCAUUGUUUACUAGUACGAAGCCUAAGAAAAUGGCAUCAUGCAACAGAAGGCUUUCUGAGAUUGCAUGUCCAGUGUUGAUUAUUACUGGAGAUCAUGACCGCCUUGUUCCUGCAUGGAACGCUAAACGUCUGUCUCUAGCCAUGCCUGGUUCGCACUUAAAAGUGAUGAAGAACUGCGGUCACUUGCCCCAUGAAGAGCGGCCGGAAGAAUUUCUUGCCAUUGUUAGAACUUUCUUGUCAACUCUCAAAGAUGUUUGAUGAAUUCAUUGGAGUUGCACAAGGAAGAUUCGCAUUGGCUCCACGAAAAAGAAAACAUUGUCCACCAUUUAUACUAAAUUCU